AUGUCGCUAUCCGGUGAUGAUCCGCUGCAGCAGAACGCCAUGAUGGGGCCAGGAUCUGCGACGGCCGAUCAGACGAGUAUUGUCUCCGGCGGGAAACACGGUGGCAAGGGAGCUGCGGCGCGUGGUAAGGGCAAAGGCAAGGGCAAAGGGAAGCGUGGCGGCAAGACGGGGGGCAAGGCAGGAAAGCGCGACAAGAUGUCACGUGCGGCUCGUGCCGAUCUUAACUUCCCUGUUGGCCGCAUUCACUCUCGGCUGAAGGACGGGCUGAACCGCAAGCAACGCUGCGGAGCGUCCGCUGCCAUUUACUGCGCCGCCUUGCUUGAGUACCUCACGUCAGAGGUGAUUGAGCUCGCGGGGGCGGCAGCGA